CGAGUGACGAAGUGAGAAGAAUAAUAUGACGCUGUGAUUGGCCAUCUAUAUGAGAAGCAAAAAGGCAUCGACCUGUCUUGCAACGGGCUGGCAUCGUACUGGCAGUUCCCCCCUUCAGUGCCACCAAUACACACGGGCCGAGGACUCACUGUCGCCGACCAUUGGUCCUCAAUUUGCCGACCAAUCAUUGGGAAAGUGGCCACAAAAAUAUCCAAUACAAUACGCGACGCAGAUGGAGCAGCUAGGGGAGGGUCAGGCAGUUGUGGUUGGAGGUGCUGGUGGUACAGCUCUCCAGGUAGUCCAGAUGGGCCAGGGUGGCCAGGCUAUGAUGCUCCCACAGACAAUUCAGGUUGCAGCACCAAAUGGACAGAUUCAAAUGAUGACAUCACUCGCUGGUGCAGGACAACAGAUUGUUAUUCAACAACCACAGACACCACAGAUUAUACAGACCCCAGAUGGACAAACUUACAUUUAUCAGCCUGUUCAAUUAGAUGGGCAAGUUCAACAGGCACAACCUACAGUAAUAAAUGUCAAUGGAACGUUAAUGCAAAUUGCCGGAGCUACAACACAAGGAACGACCGCAACAACUGCAAGUCCAGUGCAACCAAUUCCAAGUCCAACAGCAGCAGCACCUCAGGCAGGAAAUAUUGUUAUGAUGGUACCGGGAAACAGUGGGCAGGGCCCAUUUCAACGAGUGGCCUUACCAAAUGCAGAAUUUUUAGAGGAAGAACCACUUUAUGUUAAUGCAAAACAAUACAGACGAAUCCUAAAACGACGACAAGCUCGUGCCAAGCUCGAGGCUGAGGGCAAAAUCCCCAAAGAAAGACCGAAAUAUCUUCAUGAAUCACGUCAUCGUCAUGCUAUGAAUAGGAUUCGAGGAGAAGGAGGACGUUUCCACUCUGGACAAGUGAAAAAACGAAGGAAUAAUCAAAAUGCCAUGAUCACCCAGCACAUAUCGACGUCGACAAGCACAAAUACAAUAAGAACGAUUUCGUUGCCCGCUGGUCAGGGAAAUGUACAACAUCAUACUACUGACAACAUGGGAUCGACGAUCAUUAUCGAGGGAACUGGAAGCACUUCCUUACCUGACAUGAUCGGAGAUAGUGGGAUUGUGACAUCUGAUGGUCACUGAAAGCUAAAUAAGUAAUCGAAAAUAAAAAUUAACAUAUGAAUGUGAAAGGGAAUGGCAAGUGCGUUAUCAAAUUUUAAGAGAUUGUAAAUACAUUCAAAUUUCUGAUUAUUAUUAUAGUUUCUUUCCAUUCUUCUCUUCAUUGCCUUCGAAUUUUUCAACUCAUCGCUUUAUGAUUGAGUUUGGCAAAAUACAUGUUACCGUCUCUCAAGGGAGAAUACUAGUUGAAAGUCGCGGGUUAUCAGAACGAGAUUUAUUACACAUUGAAUAUCGAUUAUGUAUGUAAAAAAAUGCAUAAUUGGGGGACUUCUUGGCUUCUUUGACUGAGAAACGCUGAAAUUUUCCUAAAAAUAUUUUCAUCUAAAAGUUCCCUUUUUAAUUUUUGAAAAUUGCGGACAAUAAAAACGGGAAUUCUUUUUUUUCGAAUUUGUUUUUAAUGUAAAGUUCUUUGUUCGUGUAAUUCAAUUGAAAUUGCGGUAUUCAUGUAUAAUUGGGGAGACAAUGGUUCUGAAACAAUUGAGUAUAUUUUUUUUAAUAUUUGAAGAAGAGAUUUUUCAUUUUGCGUGGAGAGCGCCAACUUUUAUAUUCAAGAAAAUUAAAUUAAAUCUAAAAUUUAAUUAAAUCUAUAUCACUCAAACCUGGCAAGCAAAUUCAUAUUUUUAAUUAUAAAUUUCUAACUGUUAUAAAACUUUUAUUGCCUUAAAAUUUGAAGACCUCGAUAAUUGUUAGCAUUUGAAGUAUUGUCUGGGACAAUGAACAUGUAAUGUUUUUGCACUUAUUGUUAGUUCUAAAUAGAUCUAAUAGAUCUUGAAUGAUUGGAAAGUCUAUUAGCCGCCACUUUCAAAAAUAAUUAAAUUCUCAAAAUGUAAUUCAAUUUUUUUAUGAAAACACGUGUGAGAUGAAGACUGGUAAAAAGCUUUCUUGAAAAUACAUUAGUAACCCAAGAUUGUUUGAGUUGCAAGGUACUAUCUUUCAAAAACCAUUUCGAAGACGUACACCAUAAGAUCUUCAACAAAUUUGGCAUUACUGUUAAAUGAAAAUGAAUUAUAUCAAGCUUAAGUAAGUCAAUAAUUUAGAAAUUAAUUUUUGGCAUAGUCCUGUAUUUGCGACUUCGAAAUUUCUGUUAAAAUUAUUAAUAUUAUUCGAACCGCCACAAGUGGGAGUUUGGCUCAUUUUCAUCUGUGGUUUCACAUUAAUAGUUUAACAUACUUCUAUCAAAAUUUCUCGAUGAGCUGAUUAUUUCUUAUAAAGACGCUGAUAUAUGGAUAUAUGCACUGUCUUCGGUUUCCAUACGCGUUUUCUUACCGAUUUAAGUAAUUACCGUGGAUAAUUAUAUGAAAUCCUGUUUUUCACGAAAUUUUCAUUUAGUGCAAUAAUUAGUUGCUUUCAGAAACAAAUCUUCAAGGAGAUUUCACCAUGGCUAGUGAAUAUGUUGGUCUCGAUGUUCCAUUUUUUAGAAAUUAAUUCUUUUAAGCACCCACGGAAUUCAUUUUGCCAGAUUGCAAUUUGUCAUCGCAUACCAAUAUAUUCAUUAUCCGCUGGAUUUUCGUACUUAUAUUUCUCACUUAACGUUGAUCGGUUACCUAGUGUUAUAUAUUUAGAAAAUGAUGGAUUUCAUUAUAAUGUCAUCAAGGCCCAGGUCCAUUAUCUGGAGAAUAUUAACACAUUUGAUUAUUCGGAUUAAUUUUUAUAUAUAAAUUGAUAUAAAUUUGGUAAGAAAACAAAAUGAAAAAUUGUUUCAAUACUUUAGAAAACCAUCCUUAAAAAUAUGGAGGAAUAUUGCAGAUAUCGAUAGUAAUGACGAUAGACAAAACGAAGCAGGAAAUCCUGUGGUAAAUUUGCUAAAAUAUUUUUACCAAUACUUUUACUACACUUUUAGGACAACUAAAUAACCACUUUUUCCCAUCUGUUCAUUCACAGAAUUAACUGAUAACCAGCUAUUACUUUCUUGGGGAAUCAUUAUUUACGAUCUGUUUGCUUAGUCGUCAUGAAAGUGCAGGGAAACUAGUCGUAACAAUAUUUUUUUUUCAUUUCAAAAAGCCUUUUUUUCGACAAGCGUUUGUUUACUAUGCACCACUAGAUUUUCUGUUCUAUUUUAUAUGUACUCAUGAUGGCAAUACGCUGAUCGGCAUUUGCAAGAAAAUAUUAUCUAAACUUUUUACUUCUUUCUCUAGCUAAACUUAUAAUUAUUAUGUUCAUGAGUGACAAGCCAUCGACUUUGACAUUUUUAUGUGCACAUUGAACCAAAUAAUCGAGUUUGAUAAUGUUCUACAGAUACUGGGGCCGGGUCUUAAUUCGAAGAUUAAUGUUCGACAGAGCUAAAUGCGAUUGAUUACAAGAAAAAAUGGAUGUAAAUAUGUGAAUUGAAGAAUAGAGAACCAAAAAAUAUACAUACAACUGGAAAGAUGAAAAAAUAUAGAAUAUUUGAGUAGACAACAUAAAUACAAGGCAAAACUACGCCGGUGCGAUUGUGUUUUGUACUGAUCUACGUGACAAUUUAUUAGAAUAUUUAUCGAUA